CUUGAAGGGUAAAAUAUUAAGGUGUAUACUUUAUGCACGUAAAUAUAUAUAAAUAUGUCUGGUUAGAGCUCACAAUACUUACACGGAUUCCACAUACGCAUUCUACGCCAUGACAGAAGGACAGAAAAUUAAGGUGGGAGUGCUCGGUGCCACCGGAAUGGUUGGUCAACGCUUUGUGCAGCUGUUGGCUGACCACCCAUGGUUUGAACUAACUGCUCUGGGAGCAAGUGAACGCUCCGCAGGUAAACCCUACGUUAAAGCGGCUGUGAAUUGGAGACAAACCUCUGAGAUUCCUAGCAAUAUUGGAUCAAUCAUGGUCUCUCCAUGCGAACCUCAACACUUUGAUGGAUGUAGAUUGGUGUUUUCGGGAUUAGAUAGCUCAGUCGCCGGUGAGGUCGAGACAGCAUUCUGCAAAGCCGGCAUGGCGGUGUUUUCUAACUCGCGCAACCACAGAUACGAUCAAUACGUCCCUCUAGUGGUGCCGACCGUCAACGACGACCAUCUAGACAUCAUCCCCGCACAACAGAAGGCGAACGGCCUCACCACAGGAUUCAUUGUCACUAACGCCAACUGCUCAAGCACUGGACUGACUGUGCCACUCAAAGUACUCGACGACGCCUUCGGAUUAGAAGCGUGUAUGGUCACCACCAUGCAAGCUAUCAGCGGCGCAGGCUUCCCCGGAGUGCCGUCCAUUGACAUCAUUGACAACGUAGUACCGUACAUCUCGGGCGAGGAAGAGAAGCUGGAGAUUGAACCCAAGAAGAUUCUGGGCUCAUUCGAUCAAAACGGGUUCACCGACAAGGACUUCAAGAUCAGCGCACACUGUAACCGCGUUGCUGUGUCUGACGGGCACCUGGAGUGUCUUAGCGUCAAGCUGAAAGGCUCGCCCACCACUGAGGAGGUGAUUACCGCUAUGGAAAGCUACACCUGCGAGGCGCAGCGAAUGGGUCUGCCCUCCGCACCAAAGCAGUGUAUAGUAUACAACGAAAAGCCUGAUCGCCCACAACCCCGCUUAGACCGAGACGCCGGCAAGGGCUACACCGUCACUGUGGGGCGAGUGCGCCCGUGCAGUCUGUUCGACUUCAAGCUCACCAUCCUCUCACACAACACCAUUCUAGGUGCGGCGGGGGGUGCCUUGAUGAAUGCCGAACUGGCAAAGUAUAAGGGACUCUUGUAGGCUGGCUUUUGGCCUGUACUUUCAAUAAAAGGAAACCCUUUUCCGAAAAACGGUGCUACAAUCGG